UCGAACCUGUCUCCAACAUCGGCAGCUCGAUCUUUGAGAACAUCAAAGCCUCCAGAUCUUCAGACAUCAAGGAAACCUCCUUCAAUCUUGUGUCGAGAUGGCGACCGUGACUGCCUGCGCAUCGAGCUCCAUCGCGGGCCAAGCGCUCGGAGCUUCCAGCAAUGAAUUGGCGAAGAAGGUGAACGUCGGAGAGGCGCGCGUCACCAUGCGCAAGGGCAGUGCGCCCUCCAGCAUCUGGUACGGUGAGGACCGACCCAAGUACUUGGGCCCAUUCUCCGGUGCCACCCCAUCGUAUUUGACCGGUGAGUUCCCCGGUGACUACGGUUGGGACACCGCCGGACUCUCGGCCGACCCCGAGACCUUCGCCAAGAACCGGGAGCUGGAGGUGAUCCACGCCCGAUGGGCCAUGUUGGGAGCUUUGGGAUGUGUCACCCCCGAGCUGCUGGCCAAGAACGGAGUGAAGUUCGGCGAGGCAGUAUGGUUCAAGGCCGGAUCGCAGAUCUUCUCAGAGGGAGGUCUGGACUACCUCGGCAACUCUGGCCUCGUCCACGCGCAGAGCAUUCUGGCAAUCUGGGCCUGCCAGGUCGUGCUCAUGGGAGCCAUCGAGGGAUACAGAGUAGCAGGAGGACCCUUGGGAGAAGUGAGCGACCCGAUCUACCCCGGAGGCCAAUUUGACCCCCUGAACUUGGCUGAGGACCCAGACACCUUCGCCGAGCUGAAGGUGAAGGAGCUGAAGAACGGAAGACUUGCGAUGUUCUCCAUGUUCGGAUUCUUCGUCCAGGCCAUCGUUACCGGAAAGGGACCCAUCGAGAACUUGUCCGACCACUUGGCUGACCCGACUGUGAACAACGCCUGGGCCUACGCCACCAACUUCACCCCCGGAAAUUAGAUUGUGCUGUUGGGGAUUAUGUAACGGAGAUUAGGAACGGUGUAAAUUAGUUUUCAGUGUAAAUUCUCUUGUGAACAGGUGACCGAAGUUGAAUUUAUAUAUCAUACGAUACUCAGCUUUCAUCUCAAUCUUGAUGUCGCGCAGUCUGAUUUGAAUAUCCGUUGUAGCCAUGGUCGAGCAGUGUUCUGACUGUUCCCCCCGCGAGUGAGAGUUUCAAUUUACAAGAUGCA